GCGGCGCGUGCCGGGACGCGCGUGUGUGAGCGGGGCCGCGUCCACGCGGGUGCGCGCAGGGGCGCGGGCACGCAUGCCGUGGACGUGCGGGUGCAUGGGGUGCGUGUGCAUGUGGGUGCGUGUCCCCACGCCGGCCGUGCCCCCCCAGCCCCUGACCCCGGCGCUGUCGGGGCGGCCCCCCCAGCAGUCCCCGCGGCCGCCGCGCAUCACCUGAAACCGCCGCGGUGUCGGGUUCGCGCCGGCGGCGCCGGGCCCCGCCGGGGGGUCACGGCCGGCCCGGGCUGGAGGCGAUGCCCCCCGGGAAGGGGGACACGGGGGGAUACCGGCUGGCAUCACCGGAGUGAGCGGAGCGGAGGCACGCGACAGCCCUCCGGCCCUGACCGUGCCUCAGUUUCCCCUGUGUGCCCCCGGGAUGCUCUGCGCUAAGGCAGGAGGUCAGGGGGGACACCACAUCCAUUGCCACUCGCAACCUCGCCGGGGGUCGCGCCCCCGGACCCUCUCGCGGGGGACACCCACGGGACUGCCACCCCCCCGCCAGCUGCGAGGCCAGCCCCGGCCGCUCUCGAUUGACAGCUCCCGCGCCCGAUGGCCUCUCCGGUCCCACAGGGAAAGCCAAUCCCCGCGGCCGGGGGGGCAGGAGGCGGUGCUGCCCCCCGGCCUCGCCUUCCCCCCCGCGCUGCUGCCAGGUGUCUCUUUCGCAGGUGGCACCAUGGGGACAGGCUGUGCUGCUGCGCCUGGGACCUCUCUUACAAGCGGCAAGUACCCAGGCCAGCUGCCCCCAGCAUUGCGCUGCUAAAAAAGAGCGGUGCCCAAGCCCGGGCAUGUGCUUCUGGACUAUGCCAUGUCCCCCGCUGGCUGACGGGCAGCCCUGGCCCUGUGAGGACGCAGCCAGCCCUGAGCCAGACGCCAGGACGCCGGCGUGCCCAGCGCCACCAUGGCCCAGGACUGGGACGCAGUGCUGUCGGGGAUGACGACAGGCAGCCGGUCACGGAGCUCCAGCAGCGAAGCCAGCCUGGCUCCCCGCUACCUCCUCAGCAAGCAGAGCCGCCUGCUCAACGGGACCACCCGGAGCAGCCGUGCCGCCUCCCCCAUGGGCCGUGUCAUCCUCAUCAAUGCCCCCAUCGAAGCCAGCAGCAACGAGAGUGAUGUCAUCAAUGCCAUCACAGUGGAGAAGAGCGUGGACGGCAAACUGGGCUUCAGCGUGCGUGGCGGCUCCGAGCACGGCUUGGGCAUCUUUGUCAGCAAAGUGGAGGAGGGGAGCACUGCUGAGCAGGCCGGGCUGUGUGUUGGCGACAAGAUCACGGAGGUGAACAGUGUGAGUCUGGAGAACAUCACGAUGAGCAGCGCUGUCAAGGUCCUCACCGGCAACAACCGCCUGCGCAUGGUGGUCCGGCGGAUGGGCCGUGUGCCAGGAAUCAAGUUCUCCAAGGAGAAGACGGCGUGGGUGGAUGUGGUGAACAGGCGCCUGGUGGUAGAGAAAAGCGGCUCGACGCCAUCGGAGAGCGGCUCCGAGGACGGGCUGCGGCGCAUCGUCCACCUCUACACCACCUCUGAUGACUACUGCCUGGGCUUCAACAUCCGCGGCGGCAGGGAGUUCGGCCUCGGCAUCUACGUCUCCAAGGUGGACCCCGGAGGGCUGGCGGAGCAAAAUGGUAUUCGGGUGGGAGACCAAGUCCUUGCAGCCAAUGGAGUCAAGUUUGAAGACAUAAGCCAUAGCAAGGCAGUGGAGGUGCUCAAGGGGCAGACCCACAUCAUGCUCACGAUCAAGGAGACAGGCCGGUUCCCUGCCUACAAGGAGUUGGUGGCCGAGUACUGCUGGCUCAGUCGCUUGACUGACGGGCAGCUGCAACAGCUGGCUCAGACCUCGGAAACCAGCUCCUCCAUCUCCUCCUACUCCUCAGGACCAGCACCAGGGGCGGUGAAUGGGCUGGGGGCAGCUGCCCCAGUGUCCCCAGCCCGCACCGUGGAUGUGGCCAUCUCCACAGAGGACGGGCCGCGGCGGGGCUGGGUGCGGGAACGCGCCGAGCGGGCCAUGCAGACCGAGCCAGCCACGGAGGGGCUGCCAGAGACGCGGCGCACAGUGCGGCCCCCCGAGCUGCUGCGGGACACGGCCAUCCGGGGCCAGGGCGCCCGCGACGCCCCUGGCACCCACCCACGCCGCACCUUCAGCCACUCACCCAAGACGGCGCUUCUGCUGGCACUGAGCCGGCCACGGCAGCCCAUUACACGCUCCCAGAGUGACCUCACUGUCGCCGAGGAGAAGCGGAAGAAGGAGAAGCCAGAGGGACAAGGGGCACGGGGGGCUACCCCAGGAUUGCACCGCUCCAAGACCCUUGUCAACCUCUUUUUCAAGGGGGGCCGUGCCACCAGCCAGAGCUGGGCCCCCCCCAGCCAGGAGGCCCCGGGCUCUGAACGCCGGGCACGCUCCAAGUCCCCUGGGCGCUCUGACGGGGACAGAGUAGGCGCUGUGCAGAAGUUUGUCAUCCGGAGCCUGAGGCGGGAGAAAAGCCGGCGUGCCAGCAUCCUGGGCCCCAUGGGCAUCGCCACCCUGCAGCCCAACGGCAGCGACCCUGAGGCCCGGCUCCCGCACAUCCAGGACACUGCUGCACGUCUCCUCAGCCCCGACGAGGUGACGGCCGUGCUCCGCCACUGCUCCCGGUACCUGCACGAGGGCAGCGUGGAGGAUUUGGUGCGGCCGCUGCUGGCCAUCCUGGACCGGCCCGAGAAGGUCCUGCUGCUACGGGACGUGAGGAGCGUGGUGGCCCCCACAGACCUGGGCAGGUUUGAUAGCAUGGUGAUGCCACUGGAGCUGGAAGCUUUUGAUGCCCUAAAGAGCCGUUCAGUGCGCUCACCUGCCCUCCGCCCGGCCCACCAUGACGCCCCCCCCAAGAGACACCUCAUCACACCAGUGCCUGACUAUCGGGGCGGAUUCCUGCUGAAGCCAGCAGGGACCCCAGAGCCAGAGGAAGCGGGGGAGCAGCAGGCGAGCCCAGCCCGUCCAAGAGCCUCCCCCAGCCCCCGCCGGCCUCACCCCCGCGCCUACACCCCACUCCCUGACGUGCCAGUGGAUGCCUAUGCCUCCGCCAGCCGGCCCCCGCCCACCCUUGGCCCUCAGUCCCCGAACUGGCUGCUGGCUGAGCCCUCCCCUGGCAAGGGCCAUGGGCACUCGCGCAGCCCCCGGGCCACCUGGCGCAAGGAACCCCCCAGGACAGCGCCCAGCAGAGAAGCUCCAGUGCUGGGGAAGCCCCAGCGGGCACGGCCUCCUCUUGCCCCUCUCUUUGGGGGGCCAGGGGGUGAGGCAAGGGCCGGGGCAGCCAAUGGCCCUGAAGAUGCUGGCAGGGAGGAAGAGGAGGAGGAAGAGUAUCAUCUGCUCACCGUCACCCUCUCCAAGCUGAAGCACUCGCUGGGGAUCAGCAUCUCUGGUGGUAUUGAGUCAAGAGCACAGCCAGUAGUGAAGAUUGAGAAGAUCUUCCCUGGUGGAGCUGCCUUCCUCAGUGGCAUCCUCAAGGCCGGGCAGGAGCUGGUGUCGGUGGACGGGGAGAGCCUGCAGAACGUCACGCACCAGAGGGCUGUGGACAUCAUCCGCCAGGCCUACCGCAACAAGGCCAAGGAGCCCAUGGAGCUGGUGGUGCGGGUGCCUGGACCGCCGCCGGAGUGAUGCUGCAGCCCUUUUCCAGGAGCCGUGCUGUGUUCCAGAGGAGCCAGAUGGCUCAUUGCUGCACUGAGCUGUGGCUG